UAUGGGUAAUAAUUGCACUGGCUAAUGUGCAGGAUGUUAUAAACGAGACAUUGAAAUAUUAGUAAUCCUCUUCUAUUCUAUAUUAGAAAAGUGAGUAGCAUUAAAUAUUAUCAGAAAAACCUUAUGAAUCUUUAAGCAGAAAAAGUUCUAAAAAUUAUGUUUAAGAUGCUAUCCCUUUGUGUAGCAAAUAUGAAAUCAAUAUUAAACCCAUUACUAAAAGUGUUGUGGAUAUUGUUGGUGACAAAUCAAAGAAAACAAAGGCUGCUAUUAAAAUUUAAUCUUGUUGGAAAGGAUAUUCAGUUAGAAAAAAAUAACUAUUAAUGAACAAUACCAAAACUAGUGUUGAAACUGAAGGAAGUAAAAUAACAGGCACUUAUUUUGAAAGAUUAUGCAAUUUAUCAAAAUUACAAAAGUACAACAAACUUUAUUAAUUUUAGAUUAGCAAAAAUGUAUAAUGGUUAAUGGUUGGGAAAAGAUAGACAUGGUAAAGGAAUACAAACUUGGCCAGAUGGAGCUAUAUAUGAUGGAGAAUGGUAACAUAAUACAGCUCAUGGUAAAGGAUUAUUUCGACAUGCUGAUAAAAUUGAAUAUGAAGGAGAAUGGAAAUACAGUAAAGCAUGUGGUUUUGGUAUAAUGAGGUCUCAGAAUGGAGCAUAUUAUGAAGGGGAAUGGGAAAAUGAUCUAUAACAUGGAUAUGGUAAAGAAUAAUGGGCUGAUAGUUCAGUAUAUGAAGGUCAAUAUUAUAAAGGUUUAAAACAUGGAAAAGGGAAAUAUGUAUGGAAAGAUAAUAGUUAUUAUGAAGGAGAGUGGCAAAAUAAUAAAAUUCAUGGUUUGGGAACAUAUUAUUGGAUAGAUGGGAGAGGUUAUAAAGGAGAAUGGAAAAAUGGAAUGAUGAAUGGACAUGGAGAAUAUAGUUGGAGUGAUGGUAGAAAGUAUGUUGGAGAAUAUCUCAAUGAUUAAAAACAUGGAUAUGGAGAAUAUAAGUGGGUAGAUGGUAAGGAAUUUAGAGGAUUGUGGUAAAAGGGAGUAUAACAUGGAGAAGGAGUUUAUGUGACAGUUGAUGGUAGAACAAAGAGAGGAUUAUGGCAAGAAGGUAAAUUAGUUUAAUGGUUGAAAUGA